AUGACCUGCUCCAUCCUCCUCAGGGCGGCGGCGGUCGCCGUGGUCGUGGCCGUCCUGUCGGCCACGGCGGGCGCGUCCUCGUUCAGCCCCACCGCGCCUCUCCCCUCUGACCUCCUUUUGUCAACUCCCUUUCUCUGGAUCACCGCGAACGUCAUCAUCGUCUGCCUCUUCGUAUUCUCCUAUCGACACCACACCGGAGCGGUCGUAUCCUCCUCAUCGGGCGGCGACGUAUCAGCGACCAUGGACGGCCUCUUUGAACUUGACCUAUUUGCUGCCGCUCCAGACGCUGUCGUGGCGCUGGACCUGGUCUCGGUGAGGCAGCCACGGCAAGCAAGAACAGCCAAGAACCCAGCCGGCGCCCCCCGCGUGCGCAAGAAGUCGGCAGGCGAGGACAAGCCAACGGCAGCCGUCGUUGCGGAGGCCACGCCAGGCGUCAAGAUGGAGCACAUCGAGGAGGUAGGCGCCGCCGCCACUGCAACUGCGUCCGAGCCCGCUGGCACCGACGACGUGUCGAUGGACUCGGCGUGGCAGUCCAUCGUGCGGAGAGGCGCGGCGCGGCCGGUGGCAGUGCGCAAGAGCGAGACGUGGGGCGGCGAGGAGCUGCCGCGGAUGCGGCGCGCGGCCGACACGGCCGUCUCCGUGCGGAGGGAGAUGCAGAAGUCGGCGUCGAUGGUUCCGCCCUCGCCGCUGCACCCGAGCGCGGCGUCGUCGUCCUCUCCCGUAGCGGCGAAGCAGGGGUGGCGCACCAGGGACGUGCUGGUGAUGGCGCAUGACGAGCUCCUGCACCGCGCCGAGAGCUUCAUCCGGAGGCAGCACGAGCAACUGCGCAUCCAGCGCCAGUUGUCCGACCAGCGCCACAUAGCCAUGGAUCAGCAAAAUCGCGGCUUGCUGCGUGCCGCCGCGCCAAUCCGCGUCUAGUCAGCGCGACGCCACCAUUACAUGACCGAGCACACUCAAUGCGUCGAUCGCUUAUGGUCGCAUGGAAGACUGUACAGAAGUUAGCAAGCUAGCAACCUCCUUCGAUGAAGAGACGUACAAAAGUGCCGCCUUGGCAUGAAAUAGUUAGCUAAAUGGAACGAUGUACAGCAUAGGUAGAGUAGAAUCCGGCCAUGGCUGUGAAUGUGGCAAACUGAAGCAGUACCGGUCAUGCACCGCAACCUCCUUCGAUCGAUGUAGAUUAAAUCCCCAUGUAAAGAUUAUUCGAUCAAAUCCCCAUGUAAAGAUUAUGUUUGCGCGAGGGAUCUUUACUACAUGUAAAUUAUAUAACCUCUAAAUAAAUGGUGAGUAGUAGCCGUUUCGUUGUUCUUCGAUA